AUGUCAAAGUUGGAACAGACACUCAAGAAGGAGCAAUCACAAAAGAUAAAAGCGCAAGACACUGUUACCAAACUGAAUGUCUCUAUCAAAGAGAAAGACAAUAUUAUCGCAUCGCUCUCACAGGCGCUGAAGAUCAGUCUCAAAGAGAAUCCUACCUCCACCUCCACCAAAGUGUCAUCGCCUGGCAAACAACAAUCGCCUACCAGCAGUAUCAAAGAUCUAACAGAGAUGCUCAGCCAGGCAGAGUUGGUCGAUUCGCAACGCCUAAAGAAUGCAGCUGACGGCUUUGUCUACAAAGCCAUGGAGAUCCAGAUACAAGAGCUCAACCGCGAGAAAGAGAAGCUAAUGGAAACCGUUGAGCAACUCCAAUCAAAAACCACUGAGUUUCACAAUGUCCAAUCGCUCAUUGAGAAGCGAUUCGCGGUCGACAGUCUCAAGGUGGAGCAUCUCGUCGGUGACAAACUCGAGGAGCUCAACAUGAAAGAUCUCGAUCGUCUCGAGGAGAUUCACCACAAGGGUCUCAAGGCAGUCGGCAUGGCCAAACAGAAUCUUCUCACCCAGCAACUCUUGAAACUCCAAAAGGAGAAAGAGGAAUCACAAAUCUGCUUGGUUUGUGCUGAUCGUUCUAUCAACACCAUUCUACUGCCUUGCAAACACCGAUGUCUUUGCGAUCAAUGUUCCAACAAUCUAUCUUCAUGUCCGCUGUGUAGAUCUGUCAUUUCUGACAAGAUCAAAUAUUAUUGA